AUGUCGACGCCUGAAAACCGAAGGACUACUAUAGCUCACCACGUUUCCAUUCUGUCGAAACGUUUCGAAGCGGAUACAUCGAAUGUCACAGACAUAAUGAAGUUUGUAGACAAGCUCGAACAAAGUGUGGACAAUUCACCUGAAACUGAGACUAAAUCAAAUGAUGCAUUUACAAAUCUCUUCCAGGAAAGCCCUUUUUCCGGGGAAUUUAUUCAGGACUAUGAAAACUUGGCGCAUAAGAAUUGUAAGGAAUUGCCGCAGAUGGUAGAGCUGUUAUCACUUUUGAGAUCGGAUUUUGAGACUUCGCAAGUUCUAGCGAAUUUUGUAAUACCCGGUAAAGACAUCAGAAGAAUUACUCCCGCUGAUAUACCAAUUAGCCCGCUUUUAAAACAGCUUCACGACAAUCUCCUGAUACCGUUAUAUGAGGGACAGCUCAACCUAAGUAAUGCUGAUGAAAAUCAUGUACUUGCGUCAGUUUUUUCAUCACUCAGUACAAGCACGCCUAUUUGUCGGCCUAGUACUAAGAAAUCAAAGGAUAUUUCUGAAACAAAACCCCCUCACAAUUCAACUGUGGAACCAAAAUGGUGGCACUCUAACGCAACACUUUCGGGAGACUUCUUGCCGAUUUCUGUUUUAACUCCUUCCCAGCCACUUCCAAUCGAAUCCCUUUCAAUCACUAUUCAGGAAUAUGUUAUUGUCAGUGAUCUCAUUCAGUGCCUACAGGGUAACCAAGGAAUAUAUAUUAAACCCCUUCCACUGCAAAAUCGGGACUCAAUUCGAGCGUUCACAGUAGAUGAUAAAAUAACUCCCACUCUAUUAGAUACUGUGAGUAAAAUUCUUCAGGUAUGCUCGGAUUACUCAACCAUAACUAGAUUUGUAUAUGAUAAUUCAGCUUUGGAGCGUGGAUUGGUUAAUCAUUCAUUAGCUGGUGCAAUGCGUUUUUUUCUUCUUCAUGAUCAUACCAUUCUGGUAUGCACAUUAGAAUAUUUUCAUAAAAGAAAUGAAUUGGGAAUUGUAAAACUUUAUUUCUAUCUUCACGAAACAGCUAUAAUCUUUAAUCAUAUCACUCGUCUUAUUAUGGAUAUUAAUUCGACAAAGUGUUCUGGUGGUGCAGUAUUAUCAAUAUUGUGGGACUGUAUGCAGUCGGUGCGUAAUGUAAAACAGGUGUAUAAAGUGAUGCGUCGUCUCGUGUACUGUGCUAGUGUACCGUUUUUCGGAAUCCUUAAAAAAUGGUUAUAUCGUGGAAUAAUUUCGGAUCCAUAUAAGGAGUUUUUUAUAACAGCUGAAAACGUAACUGAUUUGUCUGAUCACAGUAAAUCACCUCCAAGAAAUCUUUACUCAAGCCCACUUCAAUUUGAUCGUCUCACUAGAAGUUAUGUGGACUGGGCAUACUUCUGGGAGUCACAUUAUUCCAUUGUGUUCUCAAAUCUACCACGUUUUCUUGAGGACAGUGCUUCCAAGAUACUGGAUACAGGAAAGUAUCUGAACGUUGUGCAGCUAUGUGGUGAUCAUUAUGAACUUCCUGUUUGUGAGGCUAUUGCUUAUAAUGAAGAGCAUUCAAUAUUCCUGGAUAAAAUUAACAAAGCCUAUUCGUAUGCUAGCCGUUUAUUGUUGGAUUUGAUGCUGAAGCAGAAAGACUUGAAACAACACCUCAAAUCUGUCAAACGUUUUUUUCUGAUGGAUCAAGGAGAUUUCGUUGUCCACUUUAUGGAUGCUGCUGAAGGAGAACUACGCAAAUCCAGCGAAGCUAUUUCCGAGUCACGCCUUGGCUCGCUUUUAGAGUUGGCGGUUAGAAUUAGUUCAGCAACUGCUGAUCCAUUCAAAGACAAUUUAAAAGUUGUGGUAUUUCGAUAUGAUCUGAUCACUCAGAUUUUCAUGGUUUUACGCGCUGGAUCCAAAGAGGAACAAGGCAUUUAUGUUGAAGACAAAAAUCUUUCUGGAUUUGAAUCGUUUUCUUUGGAUUAUAAAGUUGAUUGGCCAGUUGAUCUUGUUCUAAAUCGUCAAGUUAUGGAUCGUUAUCAAAUGCUUUUCCGGCAUCUGCUUUAUUGUAAACAUGUUGAAAGAUCAUUGUGCAACUCUUGGAUCCUCGGUAAACUUGCUCGUAAAUCGGAUAAUCUAAUGACAACGUCGUUUACAGUAGCUUUUAUCUUAGCUCAAAGAAUGCUUACAUUUAUUCAACAUUUUCAAUAUUACAUGACAGCUGAAAUUAUUGAACCAGCUUGGCAUACUUUCUUCAUGCGUUUAGAUAAGGUAUCAAAUUUGGAUAAACUUUUAGAAUCACAUCUACAUUUUCUGGAAGUAUGUUUAGAUGACUGUCUAAUGGCGAAUCCCAGACUUCUGAGUUUAGUCGGGAAAUUAUCAGUGUCAUGUGUAACAUUUUCAAAUUUUAUUCAGCAUUUAGCUUUUUCAAUAACUGGAAUUAAUUUAUCAUCAGAUAAUGAUCGUCAUGAUGCCAACUUCAUACCACGUUCUACUGAUUUGGGAAGAACAUUCCUUCACGAUCCCACACCGUCAACAGUUUUUGGCAGAGCAACAAACGAAUGUAGAAAUGCACUUUAUGGAUCCCUGAACGGUUCAAUGGAAUCAUUAGCAAAAGUCACUAGGGAAGAAUUCGGUAGGAUGAGCUUAUCGGAUGAUUUAGCUCAGACAAUUGCCAACUUUGAUAUGAAUUUCAAUCGACAUUUAGUUGAACUUCUUAAAGAAAUCGCAAUAUAUACACAUUCCCAAAGCAAGCUGUCAGGUUUAAUAUCAAGACUUGAUUUUAAUGAGUACUACACCAACUACAGGCUGCAACAAGAAAGGAAAGAAUCGAACGGUUUUUCGCGUGAUCAACAUGACAGUUCUUUUGCUGAACACAAACCAAUGUCACAACUAAACACAUCUGAUGACGAUGAUUAUAUUUAA